CAAAAAAGCACCGUCUUGCCUUGUGUGCACAUGUGCCAAUGUUCAACGAUCGUGUCUUUUUUGGUCUGCAUGACGUUCCGUUGUAUGUGUCGCUGAAAUAUUAUCUUGUCGUUCUCUCCAAGUAGUUCUAACUCUUAUGCGUUGAAAAAAUCAAGUGCUGCUGAGCUGCAAGCAGUCCAGACUGGCUGUCAAAUUGUUGUGACAGUGAGAAGGACGAUCGCGUCGUAUACGUAUAUCGUAGUCGAUUUGAUCAGCGUGGCGGACACAACUGAAACUGUCAGAAAGGGCUGUUCAGUACGUGCAAGCGAAAUGUUGCAAAUGCCAGCUGCAGACGGCGCUGUUGACGCUGCUGCUUCUACAACACUGCCACUGAGUCCUAGCGCUGAGCGUCCAGAACCUGGGCGAGAUGCAACAGAACUGACCAGUCUCAACUGGCUGCAGAAUAUCACCGUGCCGGUUCUACCAGCUUUGCCAGAUAUCGACACCAAUCCACCCGCACCCGCACCCACAGCCACAUCAUCAGACACAAGAAAACAACCUCGAGCAUCCAGCAGUAAGCAGAAACCGAAAAAACAAGAUGACACGGUGGAUAAGCCCCUGGUCGAGCAGCUGGACGUUGCAAAAUUGGAAUGCAAGCCUCCUCGCAAACGCAGUACGCAAGAUACAAGCGGGAAGCCCCCAUACUCUUUCGCCUCGCUUAUUUUCAUGGCGAUUGAAGCAUCUGCGAGCAAAUGCUUGCCAGUGAAAGACGUCUAUACGUGGAUCGUGGCCCAUUUCCCCUACUACCGCAGCGCCCAACAGGCAUGGAAGAACUCGGUUCGUCACAACCUGUCGCUGAACAAAUGCUUCAAGAAGAAAGGUGAUGAUGCUGAUUGCAAGUCGUCGUCAAAGGGAUCCCUCUGGAUUGUUCACCCGGAGAGCCGGGACGUCCUGUUGCAGCAGGUGAAGAGGACCGGUGCCAUACAGGCUGGGCUAUCCCGUACUGUGGGGAAUUCGAAAGGUUUCUGGGCAGACUCACUGAAAGGAUCUGGCUACUGUGGUGAUGAUGAAUCAGAGGUAAUUGAAGCUCUGUGCGGUAUUGAUGAUGAAGAUGAAGAGCGGAUACAAUUGCGACCCCGGUCCAAAUCCUGCCCACCUCGCCUCAACGACAGCACCAAGAUUCCAUCGUGGAUGGUCAAGAUGCGGCUCUCGCCGUACAUGGCUGCCAACACAACACGCCGGAUCAUCAGGUCCAAUCGUGUCCUGUACAGUGGAGAUGCUAGUGGUGACAGUAGCAUGCCGCAUGACCAUAGCAAAACAGCUGGAUUGCCGUCAACACGUGGAAUUGCACGGCCAAGCCAGUUGACACGAGCAGCCAUGACCAGCAGCAGUAGCAGCAACAACUGCAGCAGCGGCGGCAGCAGCAGCAGCUGCAACACAAGUCCAGUUCUCGGUAGCAGUACCAGUAUGAGAAGCAGUGCUGCAGUCUGUCAGCCCAAUGGAGCUGACGAAUUUGACAAUGACAGUGAUGAUGCUGAUAUGCCAACACUAAUCAGUGACCAUCGACCGCCUUCGAAACCCGCCGCCAGGCACCGUGCUAUUGAUGUUAGAAACACGGCCAAUUCCGCAUCUCCGGACGAACAUAGUGAGGAGGAACGGAACGCUGCCAACAAUCUUAUCUCCUUACUUAAUGCUGCCCAUGUGCCAGAGAGUCCCGAUGUCCAGAAAAAGAAACGGCCCCGAUCGAAACGAAAAUCCCAAGCAGCAGCAUCAUCAUCAGCCUCUGGGAGGGGAGAACCCAAAGCGAAGCGGCUAUGCGAGCCGCCGGACGAGCCCACAGAGUUGCAGAUGCCCGUAGCCAACACGUCUUCUCACAGCCGAGCAAAGUCCAAUACAGCCAAGCAGGCUCGCUACUUGGAAGGAGUGGAGAACGGCUCCGUCGGAGUUCGCCGGGGCAGUCGCAAGUCCAUCAAGAGCUCCGAGUCAGCCUUCUCGAAUGUAGCAUUCAAACUUCCAACGAAGCCAAAGCGUAAGAAAUCAAUGGAGGUGGUUACCCUAGAAGUAGCGUGUGAAGCAGAGAUGCCAAACACACUGGGCCUGAAUGAAGAGAUAGUGCAUGUGGCUAAUGGUGUUGCUGUGCUACAUGCUGACAACAUUGUAGAUAUGGACAGCCUUGGUGCAUUAGUGCAGAAAAGCACUUACGAAGAGUAUGACACCGAGGCAGUCAUAAUGGGGGUGCCGUCACCCUCGCUCUAUAGCAAGGCUUGAAUGUGUGUAGGCAGCGGUGGUUCACCGGUGGUGGUGGUGUGUAUGUGUGUAUGUGUUGCGUGUGUGCGUGCGUGCGUGCGCACAUGUGUGUGCAUGUGUGUGUGUGUGUAUGUGUGUGGGUGUGCGCACGUGUGUGUGUGUGUGUGUGUGUGUGUGUGUGUGUGUAUGUGUGUGUGUGUGUUUGCUCGCGCGUGAGCGAGUGUGUGCGUAUGCGCACUCAUGUUUGUGUCCAAAACACUCCCGCCUGUGCAUGUUCUCAAUCUGUCUGGUCAGAUGAGCAAUCUCAUGUUUCUGUUCGCCUUGUGUUGACAACUGGACUCGACCUGACCUUAUUUGAAAAUACAAACUAACUUAGUAAGAACACUCAGUCAAGUCAGUUGGCAGGUAGCACAAGCUCCAAUGUUGUUCAGAGCAGUCACUCUAUUAUGUUCUUAACAAAUAAUUCAAAUCUGUCACGAAUGGACAGCCAUAGGAUUUUUAUAAGCACUAGAACCUUACAAGCCCCGGAUCACGUUGCAUCCAUCACAUUGGUCAUCUCCCAAACUUAUUAUGUCUUCUUGGCGUCUUGUUUUUUUUGUUGAUUUUAGAUAGUCACCAGUGGUGGAACUUUCUUGUUAUUAUCUGCCCCUCAAACAAAUUUUGUAAUUUUAGGUUUAGAUUGGAAAAUCAUCACCGUUCAAUGCUGGACUACACUUAGGCUUAUUGCUAUUUUUAGUCUCGUAGCUUUUUUUGCUCUUUUUGAAAUUGUUGUGACUAGUGCCCUUUACUCCUCCAUAGUCUCUCUGUCAGAUUGUGCUGCGCUGAUGAGCCCACGAAACAGUUCUGUCCGCAGAUUGAGGAGUCUGUCUGUUAGAAGAUCGUCUACAGUGACUCGACGUGUGUUUUCUCUGUGCCUUUGGGCUAUAGACUCGUGCACGUGGAAAGUACCAGCUAUACUGCAUGGCUCGGUUCCACUGCACUGAGUCUAACUGCACAUAACACAACGCGUGUGUUCGUUAUUCCCACACCAUGGCAUUGUUUACAGUGCUGAAUAAACAAAAUGAGUGAAGUCAAGAGUACCGGUACAUAAACCGGUUUAUGUACUCUUGGUGAAGUUCAUUGCAUUCGGCCUUCUUAUUAUCGUUUAUUUCAACUUGUUUUGGUUUGUUUGAUUUGUCGGCGCGGCGGUA